AUGACUGCAGAAGAGGAUAGACUCAACAGUUUGCCAGAUGAAAUUAUCCAUAAAAUCGUCUCUUUUAUUAGCUUGAGAGAAGCUAUUGGAGUGAGUGUUUUGUCAUCUAGAUGGAGGCGUAUCUGGACUUCAAUGCCCUAUCUCAAUUUCUCAAUUCAGGAUUUAUUUCCUAAAUUUGUUUCCAAUGUUUUUUCUCGCCGCAAUUGUCAAACACAAGUGGAUUCAGUCAAACUUGUUGUUGGGGUACCUUUUCACGAUGAAUUAUUCAAAAGAAUUCUUGACUACGCAUUCUCUCACAAUGUCCAACAACUAUCAAUUACAUGUAACAUUGGAUCCCGUCUUUCUCUCUAUAGUCCAUGGUCUAUCGAGCAUCUCCUUUUGAGUACUGGAGCUCUUUCUGCAUCUUCUCUCUUUAUGGAGAAACCAAUUCAGGUCCAGGACCUCCCAUCUUUAACCACAUUGCAUCUUGAUGAAAUCACAUUGUCUGAUAAAUGCACUGAUCUUUUCUCCAAAUUCACCAACCUGAGUAAUCUCUCCUUAAGUAGAUGCAGUAUGGAGGGAACAAAUGUUUUGAAUAUCUGUCAUCCUCGAAUUUCUAGUCUCACACUCGAACAGACAUACUGGCGGUUGGAGGCUAUCAAGGUGGUUGCACCUCAACUCAAGAAUCUCAGUAUUAAAUUUUGUAGUGGGAAGAGUCUGAUGAAGAUUUCUGCAUCUGGGCUUAACUCUUUGGUCAUCAAAGGUGGUAGUCGUAUUCAGCUUUCUACACAAGGUUUCCCUUCUUUGGAAAAGGCUGAUCUCUGUAUUUUUCGUCCAACCAAGGCAGAUGCUCAUAAAAUAGUUUGUCUACUUCAAAAGCUCCACACUGUCAAAUUUCUUACACUAAACUUGGAGAUUCUUGAGCUUCUUUCUUCAUCCAUGGAACCAAUCUCACAUCAACCUUCUCCAUUUGCUAACUUAAAGAUCUUAAAGUUUUUAACGAGUUACCCUACAACGGUAUACAUGGAGGUGCAACCAUAUGAGAAUGUAACUACAUCUACUGAAAUAAAAAAUAAUCUGCAAGAUAUUUUUCCAAGUGCCAUCUUCACAAUGAUCUCAUGUGAGGAGAUUAGAGGUAUGAGGAAUAUUGUAUCUGCACAACAACUUAUUGCAGAAUUACGGAUGCUACUAGAGAAGUGUAAAGCACUUGGCUAUACCAACAAGGCUCAGAUGGGACACACCAAUGCACCAAUGGAGAGCUGCAAAACACAAGUUAACAAACAGUGGACACAAUCACCAUUGGAAAUGCAAUGGCACUCUGGGGAAAAGAUGACGCAAAUAUAUGAUCAAAGGAAUAUUGAAGGAUUACUCGGGAAAAAGCUGCAGCGCAUUGAAAGACUGUUGACUGGGCUACAUGUGUCAAAGAGUCUAGUGAUGCAAGCAAUAUCUUCAAGUGUGUGUGAAGAAGCUGACGAUAUCAAGAAAUAUACGUUGGAAUGUAUGAAGAUCCGAUAUAAUAAGAAGCCAUGGCGCUUCAAUGUCUAG